AUGCAAACUUCAAAUAUUACCAAGAAUUCUAAAUAUUCAAAAGAUUUAGUGUGCAAAGAAGUCCUUAAUGCAUGGAAUAAAAUUAAAUUAAAGCCCAAAAAUGAAAUUGAAAAUACUAUUGGAUAUCUUAUUAAAGAUGCUGUUUUUACUAUCCAAUAUCUAAAUCCUAUCCAAUAUUUUAAUACUGUCAUUUCAACCCAAAAUAAAAUAACUGAAAAAAUUAUUGUUCCUGAUGCACCAUCACCAAAUGUUGCAGCACAGAAAAAAGUAAAAGAAACCAUCAUUAAAACAAAUAAGGAAAUUGCCAAAUAUCAAGAGGAAUAUAAUUUAACAACUGAUCCAGAGUCCAAAUAUGAGCUAAUGGAUCGUAUACAAAACCUUAAACAAGUCCUUAAUAACAAAGAUAUAAAACUGCAAAGCCUAAAGAAAAAUGCAGAUUACUAUAGAAGUUUUAGAACUAUACAAAGUAUAAAUAAGCCAGUUAUUGUUCCAGACCAUGACUUUUCUGUUAGUUCACAACAAAAACUUGUUCCAUUGGUCUACUUAAUUAUUGAUUCAAAUAACACGAAUGAUACACUUCAUAGUAGCCAAUUAUCAAUCUAUAUUCAGCCACAAUAUGAGCUAGGAACAAGCUCAAUCACAUAUAUAAAUAAUCUAAAUUUGUUGGUGAAUAGUGGCUAUUUUGACAAUAUGGUAAAGGUUGAUAAUAAAAUAAGACCUAUCUGGGUCCUUCUCAUAGAUAAAGGCCCAGAUGAAAAUCUCCAUUAUUUGAAAAAUAUUCCUAACUACUGUAAUAUGUUUCACUCUUUCAAUCUUGAUUAUUUGACAGUUAGGACUCAUGCACCAGAUUACUCAGUAUACAAUUCUGUUGAAAGGAGUAUAGCAACCCUUUCAAGAAAACUUGUAGGCAUGGUUCUGCCUAUUAAUCAGUAUGGUACUCAUCUUGACUUACAGAGUAAUGUCAUUGACACAGAGCUAGAAAAGAAAAAUUUUGAAUAUGUUAGUAAUCUUCUUUGCAAUUGA